AUGGUUGGAGCCAUCGAUAUCUCUCGAACCCAACUGCCCCGACGUCCACGCGUUGCCGUUACCCUAGGCGACCCGUCGGGCAUUGGUCCUGAGUUAAUUGCCAAGCUCCUCAGUAACCCAGCGAAUCGCCAGAAAGCCGAUAUUGUUCUCCUUGCCGAUGAGACUGAGCUUCAGUCCGCUAUGACUGACGCAGGAGGGGUGCAUGUCGCCAUCUCUUCUGGCUCUGCUGGGCCGCAUGGUAUCCAACUGAUCGAUGACCACAGCGCCGCGAAAUAUCCCUCUACCCGAGGAGAGGUUUCGAAGGCCAGCGGGGCACGCAGCAUUCACCAAUUAAAAAGAGCCUUGAAGUUAGCACAAGUGGGUGAAAUUGACGCUAUUGUCUUUGCCCCGUUGAAUAAGAGCUCUCUGAAACUAGGUGGCAUGACGGAGGAGGACGAACUGCGAUGGUUCGCCAACCAAUUAGACUUCAAGGGUACCACGAGUGAAAUCAACAUUGCCGGACCGUUAUGGACAGGUAGAGUCACGAGCCACAUUGGAAUAGAGCAGGUUGCGCAUCGCAUAACCAAGGAGUCAACGCUGAAAGCCAUCGAACUGUUGCACCAGCUGAGGUGGGAGUCAGGGAUAGACUCUCCACGCCUCGGCGUUUGUGCACUGAACCCUCACAAUGGCGAGAACGGUAGUUUCGGGCGGCAAGAGAUAGAUCACAUUCGGCCCGCAGUAGAGGCAGCCCUCAAAAACGGCAUCGAUGUCCAGGGCCCGUUCCCAUGCGACACCAUUUUCAUCAAGCGACAGCACUUUGAUGGCAUUGUUACGAUGUACCAUGAUCAGGGGCAGAUUGCAAUGAAGCUGCUUUCAUUUGACGGGGGAGUGACUGUGCAAGGCGGCAUUCCGAUCCCCAUUGCCACUCCUGCUCAUGGGACAGCUUUUGACAUUGUCGGCAAGAAUCUGGCGGCUGUCACCAGUACUCAGAAUGCCUUCGACAUUGCUGUCACAAUGGCGGAGAGAAGAAUCCUGAAGAAAUCAGACUUUCUUCCUGAUACCAUGUCUGUCAAGGCUGGGCCACGCCCCCAAAACCGUUGUAAUGGAAUGCUCAGCACCUCAUGUUGCUGA